AUGACAAUCUCAGUUGAUGAUAUCAAUAAUUUUAUCCAAAAAUAUAUAACAAGUGAUCCAGAUGAAGAAAAUUUUGAUUUCGAGAAUUUCGUUAUGGUUUACUUUGACCACAUUACAGAAGAUAAUUUACAACUAGUUAACGAACGAUUUCUUGAAGAUUUUGGCAAUUUUUUGAAUUAUUGGGAAUUUUUUGCUUUACGCAUUUACCAAGCAUUUAUUGCCGGACAAUUAGAUAAUAAAGAGAAUAUAUCAACUCUUCUUGUUAGUAUUGCGUAUAAUGUGGUUCGAAAUAUCCCUCCUCCGCCUGAUUGUUUUUAUGAUGGAACUGCAAUUCAAUAUCAGCUCAGUUUGAACGAACAAGAGUUCAUGAAAUUGAGAAGGAUAUGGAUAGUGUUGAACACAAUUGACUCAGAUCUUGUCAAUGAGACUAUAAAAGAACUUUUUGAAGAAUUUCCUGAAAAUCCAGAAAAUUCAUCGGUUCUUGAAUCAUUUAUAUUUUGUACUGCAUUAUGUGAUGGCAUUGAUGAUGAAUUUGGCCCAAUAGUCUUUGAUUUUGUUGAUGAAAUUUAUUCUCAUCAGGAAGUACCUGAAUAUUGUCAUAGUAUAUUCUUAUAUAUGGUUAAGACAUUUAUAGAAUGCAAGAUCAUCACAUCAAAUUAUUUCCCAGACAUUAUAAAUUUGGCAUUAAAAUUUGUUUCUUCAAAAACUGUUGGGAAACAAGCUACAGAACUACUAUAUCCCAUAUCAAAGAAAGAACCUGAGAUUAUGACAGAUAAAAUUGAUCUCAGCCAAUUAUUAGCAAAUUUAUUUAAUUCUGAUAUUUUGAUUCAGCUUUCGCAAAUGUUGUGUAUCAAUAGCGAAACAUUGCUUAAUGGGUUGAAAUAUAUCAUUUCCCAAAUCUGGGCUGAAGUUAAUGCAAAUCCUCUGCAAAAUUUUGAAAAUUUCAGAAAAAUAUUAUGUAUUUUAAUAGGUUUAUCAAGAGAAAAUGUUGAUUUUGCCAAAGAAUUCGUUGUAUCCAACCUCAAUUCGCUCACAGAGAUCAGCAAACAGUAUAUUGACUUCAUUUUAGAGCAAAUCAACACAAAAGACAUAAAUUUUAAGAAGGAUCCGGAUUUUCUAUUAGUCAAUGAAAUAUUGAACUUAGAAUUAACUAUUUUGGAUGAACUUCAUUUUUAUCAAAAUUUAAAUUUGUUUUCAGAGCUUGAAAAGAUGCCAACAGUGUUCCGCCCUUACAAAGUAUAUGAUCUGAUUAAUCACAUUUUCGAAAUAUCUUCGGAAAUUGAUUUAAUUUCAUAUUUACUUCAAAAUUUCAUUUACGAAGCCAACAAAAAGAUGAUUAAUUCAGAGAUUUGGUAUAGUAGAGAUGUGGAUUGCGCGUUCCGUGCCUUAACAACUAUUUUCCAGAAACAUUUUGAAUUAUUAAGUCAAGAUGAUGAAAAUUUUUUAGUUAUUAUGCUAGACAAAAAGGAAACUGGCAUUCGAGAUAUGAUAAUUGAUGACUUUUUUGUUGUAAUUUCCAAUUUUUCAUCUGAUAAUUUUGAAUUUAUGAUUGAAUUUUCAAAGAAAAUCAUAAUAUCAAUAAUCAAAACCAUUUGUGAUGAUGAUGAUUAUUUUUCUGAAAAGGAUUUCGACAGAUUUUCUGAGAUAUUUUUUAAUAUUUUUUCACAAAUUGAGGAUAGAGAGCCAAUAAUUGCACAAUUAAAAGCAGAACUCUCUGGACAGUUAAUAACAUGCACUGAUGAUGUUUAUAGUAUCAUUGACAAAUUUUUACAUCAAUCGAAUUCAGCUGCAGAAUUUAAAGAAUGCCUUAUACAAGUCAGAGCUGAUUCGAAGAACCAAAACAUUGAAGAGAUAAAGCUUCAAUUCCAGAUAGAAUCAGCCCGAGAUGAUCCUUCAUUUUUAUAA